GUGGCGCACAGAUAAACCUGCUCCAGAGGACGGCUCCAUCACACGCGGCUCAUACGCACAUUUUAUUUGUCUUUUCAGCUGUGUGCCCUUUUGACUGGCACUACGAUAUUUCUAACUGCGAUGCCAGCCCAAUGGAGACAUCUCCUCUCGGAGCACGGGACCAUCAGAUAAAAUUUUGCAUUUGUCAACGCAAGACAACGACAAGACGGCGCGUAUUUGGGCUCGACACGGACUGGGCCUCUAUUUCAGGACAGUACACUCAUAUUUUAGAAUUUAAUAUAAGCAUUUGUAGCUUGUAAGCGUCACCAGUAGCGUGUUAAAAGUAGCUCACUGGCUUUAAACCAUAAGGCAUGCACAUUUUUCACAUAUGCAUCGGCAUGGUGUAGUUUAUCAGUAGCUUGGCAUGUUGCAUUAUGUAUUUUAACCCUUAGUGUUGUCUGGAAUGCAAUUCAAAGAAUCACGUUUUAUUAUUGUGUGCGUAAUCAGACUAUAGUACCUCAGGGAACAAAGAUAAUCACAUCUCAGGUUAUCUGAAAAAAGCACUGUGAAAAGACCUGGGCAGUAUCAUUUAAUUUAAACAGAAAGCUUUCAUCUGAGUCUUUCCAGAUAAAAUUAUAGGAACCUGUGGCAAUAACAGCUGUAUUUUUCACUCAAUUGUUGCUGCUUACAGCCAAAGACCUCAUAAGACCAUUUAGUUACAAGUGUGUACGGCCUUGGCCACAAAAAUGCAUGUUUAGCGUGUACUUUCCUGACACGACAUUUUCAAUCAGCACUUUACUUAUAGCAGAUACAUUAUACAUUACUGUAAAUAUUUUAGAUCCAUUAAGGGAUAGCAUCAGAGGGGCUCAGUCCAAAGUCUAAAAGGAAUAUGAAGUUGUUCUUUUUGAGAUCCAAUAAAAAGAUGGCUUACAAGGCAGUUUUUCACCUCCUGAUCCUGGCUCUGCUCUCCUCCCUGUUCGUGGGAGAGUCUGACGGGGCAUGUGCAGAGGUGGACUCGGACACAGAGGCAGUGGCUGGAAAAGGAUUCAAAGUGGGCUGUAUUUCCUGUAAACGCCGCAGUGAAGUCCCAGGAUCUGCGACUGUGGAGUGGUACUUCAGAGCCAGAGGAGAGGCCGAUUUUGUGCACAUCUACUCUUACAAUGAAGAUGGUCCUACAGUGGAGCACGAUCACUUCAUGGAUCGCAUAGACUGGAACGGCUCUAAGCGCGGGAACGACAUCCAGGACGCCUCCAUCUACCUGCUCAACGUCACCUUCAACGACUCCGGGACCUACCGCUGCUUCUUUAACCGCAUCCUCACCUACGAGAACGAUUUUGAGUACAGCACUGUGGUCAACAAAGUGGUGCACCUCACUGUGGUCGCCAAAGCGACCAGAGGAACCGCCUCCAUCGUCUCCGAGGUGAUGAUGUACGUGUCCAUCAUCGGGCUGCAGGUUUGGCUCCUCAUCGAAAUGAUAUACUGCUACAGAAAGAUAGCGGCGGCCGGGGAGGAGGCGCUACGGGAAGCUGCAAAUGCUGAAUAUUUAGCGAUAGCAUCAGAAAGUAAAGACAACAUGGCCGGAGUACAGGUCGGAGAAUAACACAGGCUUCUUCCAUGGACCAAAAAUCCCCCUCAUCUUCUUCCAGUCUGCAUGUCCUCCGGGUGGACUGUCCCCCUCUCCAGAUGUGGUUUCCCUCUGUCCCCACACACAGACCCAAUCACAUUCACACCGAGCAUGUACCAGCAGCCUUGUAAAUACAUUAACUUUAACUAUCCGCAUGUCCUGCACUUAAACUCAAGAAGAAGAACUCAUUAUUAUGCAUUAUUGAGCCACAUUGUCAAUAGCAUAAGUUUAUAUUAGAAUAAUGAGUGUUAUUUACUGGGAGUCUGCUCUGGGACUCUGUUAAGUUGAUUGUAAAAGACAAAAGCUUUUUAUGAAUCAUCACUUACUUAAAUAUGUUACAAAUGUUUGGUCAAGUUCUUUAGAAAACGUAAUGGGUUCUGAUAGACAGUCUUUCCAGAUGUACUGCU